AUGAAGGCAACCCUACGGCUCUGGACGGCGGUGAUGGCGUUGGUGUGCGUGAGCCUGCAGGUGUCCGCUUUACCGUACAGUGACAGCCGUGUUGUACAGGAAAACAGCUUGCUCUCGCUGAAAAGGACGAAACCGUCGCUGUCGAUCGUUAACCCGCUGGAUGUGCUUCGGCAGCGAAUCAUUCUGGAAAUGGCCCGAAGACAGAUGCGCGAAAACACAAGACAGGUUGAGCUGAACAAGGCGCUACUAAGAGAAAUUGGAAAACGGAGUAGCAAUUUGUAUGACGGCUCAGAAUACCCGCUGGACUCCACGUACUACGAUCGGAAGUUUUAUAAUCAGCAUGCCGCACCCAAACUGAACCAUGCACGUCCUGCGGAGGAUGAGCUGGAAGCGAUGGUUGAAACCCUUCUGCAGAACAACCGUCUAGCUGCAAGGGAAGGUAAUUAUGCCAGCAAACUGCAACGGGCGCACUCAAUCAAUGAAAGGCAAACGUCCGCGUCCAGGAUGAGCUCCGAUCAGAUGUCCCCGCAAGCUCAGUCAGCACAGUCCCAUCCGCUCAGCAGCCUUUUCAACAACGAACAGGAAGAUCUCAAGACUAAGGAUCAUGCUCUCAGACAGUCAGCCGUACCGGUGGCCCAGGAACAUGACAACACGAACGACAACGGUGAGGACGAUGAACAAGAGGAACAACCGGCUAAUGGUGGUAGCUCCGAUGUGUUAAAGGUCGUUCAAGACGGUAACGACCUCCUGGAACCGGCCAACCAUCCGUCGUCGAGCGAUCAGAGCAGUGGAACCGAAUUUGGUCCACGGUACGUCUACGGUAUGUACAAAAACCGAUACGCCAACUAAACAGAAACAAAACCGAUAUGCCACCAUACUAUUGACGACCCACUCGACAUCCUUGACGUCCUCUACUGAAACGGUUCUGGAACUAGUACUAUCUUCAAUAAAAAAAAGCGAGUUGACAGCAGGUAUAUUGUAUAUCCUAAUUGCCAAACAGAAGUAGAAAAGAAACAAAAAAAUCACACAUCCACUCACAAACAUGUAACGAAAACGGGAACGAACGGGGCGGAAUUUCGUGAUCGCUUGCUAUUUAUUAAAAGGACUAAUAAAGACACACUUACAACAUAAAAGGAGAAUAACAAAAUAACUACCAAACCAAACAAAACAAAUGCGGAUCCAUAGCAAGUGAAGACCUCUAUUUACACAAUUAGAUACUGUCGUAGUUGCGUUGCGCUAGGUUGUGCCAUAAGGAAAGAAAGUUGCUAACGAAUCAUACAAAUAGUCUGCCUAAUUCACGCUGUACCACUGCUUACGUUUCCCGCUAGAUGUCUCGCCAAAUCGAUCAGUGUAUCACUUCAUUUGCCGAAUGCCAAACAUGGUGUCUGUGGGUUUGAUGUCCAGUUGGGGGUUUGUUGGGGGAGCGAAAGAGUAUAAGAGCUAGAGAGAGGGAGAGAUAGAGAGAAAGAGAGAC